CCAAACACUCAUUGAAUUUGCAGAGAUUUUUUCCUCAAUGGGUUUCCGCAAAUUAGUGUCUGUGAUUUUGAUUUUUACUUUGUUUUGGCUUCUGCCAAUAUCCAUUUAUUCAUUGAGUUCAGCAGAACUAUCAGAAAUUCCAACCAAUUUCUUAAUCUAUGCACAAAAACCAGAGCAUGUUAAAUGGAUGGUUGAUGUUAGAAGAAGAAUUCAUGAGAACCCAGAACUUGGUUUUGAAGAAUUUGAAACUAGUAAGUUGAUUAGAGAAGAGCUGGAUAAAAUGGGUAUUGUUUCUAAGCACCCAAUUGCUGUUACUGGUGUUAUAGGUUAUGUUGGUAGUGGUGAACCACCUUUUGUUGCUUUAAGAGCUGAUAUGGAUGCUCUCCCUAUGCAGGAGAUGGUGGAGUGGGAUCACAAAAGUAAAAUCCCAGGAAAGAUGCAUGCUUGUGGGCAUGAUGCUCAUGUUGCGAUGCUUCUUGGUGCUGCAAAAAUUCUUCAAGAUCAUCGCCAGCAUUUGAAGGGAACUGUUGCCUUAUUUUUCCAACCUGCCGAAGAAGAGGCAGGGGGUGCAAAGAGAAUGAUAGAAAACGGUGCAUUGGAGAACAUCAAUGCUAUCUUCGGGUUGCAUGUGAGUGCUGCCAUACUUUCUGGCUCCGUAUCCUCCAGACCUGGCCCUGUCCUAGCUGGGUGCGGCAUUUUUGAGGCAGUGAUUAGUGGAAAGGGGGUUCAUGCAACAAUCACACGGCAUACAAUUGACACAAUAUUAGCUGCAUCGAAUGUAGUCCUUAGCUUGCAACAUCUUGUUUCACGUGAAGCUGAUCCACUGGACUCACAGGUAGUGACAGUUACAAAGUUCCAUGGAGGUGAUGCAUUCGAUGUUGUUCCAGAUUCAGUAACCAUUGGAGGCACUUUCAGAGCCCUGUCAAAAGAAAGCCUUUUAGAGCUCAUGCAUCGACUUGAAGAGGUAAUCGUUGCACAAGCUUCAGUCAACAAAUGCAAUGCUACUGUCGAAUUCUUCGCAGAUGAUAACCUUUACCCUGUAACUUACAACAAUGAAAUACUCCAUCAGCAUUUCAUAAAUGUAGCAGGGGAUAUGUUAGGGACCCAAAAAGUGGAAGUCAUGAAACCAAGAAUGGGAUCAGAGGAUUUUUCAAUUUUCUCCGAGCUGAUUCCCGGAUAUUAUUUCUAUAUCGGGAUGAAGAAUGAUACACUUGGAACAUUUGAGAAUCAACAUUCCCCUUACUUCACUAUCAACGAAGAUGUACUUCCUUAUGGUGCAGCAUUACAUGCAUCAUUGGCUACUAGGUAUCUACUUGAAUUCGAAGCGUUGUCUCAUGACUCUCAUCUCUCUGAAAGAAAUGGAGACGAUGAAUUGUAAAUUUUACCAACUCUUUCCAUAAUUACUUUUUCUCCAACAAUAACAAAAAUUGUG